UGUUUAAUACAAAACUGAUAGUAAUAAUAAAAUAAUUGUAACAAUUUAUAAAUAGAUUGCAAAAUACUUAAGAUGAAGCUAAAUUGAAUUAAGAUUAAAUAGCAUUGAGUCAGCCAAUAGCCGUUGCGAUUAAACCGAUAUUAAUUUUGAAUGUGAUGUUUUAUAUUAACUCUUCUUCAUAUCACUGUCAUAAGUUAAUAUUUAAUAUUAAGAAUUGAAUCGGCAAUAAAAAAAGAAAUACAUCCAAGUUACAUCCAUACUUUAUGGUUCAAUGAUUAAAAAUUUAGAAAUGAAAUAUUCUACAUCACCUCCGAUAAGUAGGUGUAAUUCACCUGGUCCAAUUGAGUCAGGCUCAAGCUUGCCGAUGCCAGUAACUUACAGGCAAGAUUGUAUGGGUGCAGCAACAAAAUGUUAUAAAUAUCUGAGAAAGCUAUUGAAAUUUGAACAAAUGGAUUUUGAGUUUGCUUUGUGGCAAAUGAUCUUUUUAUUUACAUCACCACAAAAAGUGUAUAGAAAUUUUCAAAGCAGGAAACAAACAAAAUCACAAUUUGCAAGAGAUGAUCCUGCGUUUUUGGUAUUGCUAAUGUGUUGCCUGUGUAUAUCUUCUAUUGGUUUUACUAUAGUUUUGGGAUUAGGAUUUCUUCAGUUUAUAAAGUUAUUAUUUUAUAUGGUAUUCAUUGAUUAUCUUGUAGCUGGUAUAAUAGUAGCUACAAUAUUCUGGUUUAUAACAAAUCGUUAUUUAAGAAUUGAUAAAACUCAGGAUGUAGAAUGGGGUUAUGCAUUUGAUAUUCAUUUGAAUGCAUUUUUUCCACCUUUAGUCAUACUUCAUAUUGUACAACUUUUUUUAUAUAACGGUCUCAUAAAUCAUGAUACAUUCUCAUCAAGAUUUGUUGGAAAUACAAUUUGGCUAAUAGCUGUUGGAUAUUAUAUUUAUAUCACAUUUUUGGGUUAUACAAGUAUGGAAAUACUUCAUAAAACGCACAUAAUACUAUCAACAGUACCAAUAACACUAUUGAUAUAUAUCAUGACAUUAUGUGCAGGCAUUAAUAUUAGUCAUUUAGUUAUGGAAUUCUAUCAUUAUCGAGUUGUCUAGGUAAAGUUUGUUAUUUUAGUAUAAAAAUUAAUUUUAAAUUAAUUGUCUUUGUAUUAGAUUUUGAUAUACACUUUUAUGCAUCAAAAUUUUAAAAAGUACAGAUAGAAAUGUUUAUUGCAUUUAAUAAUAAAUAAUAUAUAUUUCCUAGUAAGAAAAAAAACUAAUUGUUUAAGUAAAGAACAUGUUGUGUAUUUCUAAUUGUAAAAUUCAAAUUUUACAAUUAAAUACCUGCAGAUUUUUUGAGUCUCCAGU